AAUUUAGUGAGAGCUGAUCGAAGAAAUAAAUAUCAAUGAGAAUGGCUAUCUGGCAGAUAAACAAGUUCAACAGAGACACAAUUUAGUAUUCAUUUAACGGCGAAGGCGAUCGUAUCGUGUGGAGUGGAAACUUGUUGAUGUCAUCGGUGUCAGUGAAGAAAAAAGCAAAAAAAUGAAUGGCAAAUGAAAAUAAAAAAAGGAAAAAUCAACAGCACGGCUGCGACGAUUUGUGUUUGAAAGUGCGUUUUGCCAAAUACAUGUUGUUCUUUGAGAAAAUUCGAAACUUGAAAAAUCACGAAAAGUAAUUAAUGUUUGUUUUUUUUUAAGAAAAAAUAAUUUAUAUUUUUUAAUUUACGUUAAAGUCAAAGAGAAAGUCUUAAUCUUCGUUUAACGAGCAAAACAAAUGAAGUUACGUGCUGGCGGUUAUGCCAUAUGUUCGAUAAGUUAAUUGGCCUGUUCGAAACAAAAAAAUUAAAACCAAUUUUGUGUUAAAAAAAUAAUUACCAAAAAAAUUAAAAAAAAAAACAAAAAUUCGAAAAAUAAAAAAUGAAAUUAUUACAAAUGAUUGUAAAGUGAAGUGUUCCUUGUCCCAACAACAGCAACAAAAAUAAUAUUAAUUACCAAAGAUAUCUGAAGAAGGAAAAAGUCUGUCUCAAAUAUUUCAUAAUUUUAUUAAAUUCACACCAACACCAAUACUCAACGUCGUACAGAAUAAAUAAAAUGAUCCGUCCUCAGAAAUUAUCAUUUUCUCCACAAACAAAAACAACAACAACAACAAUGUGGGUCAUUGUCCAGUUUUGUUUGUUGUUCUUAGCGACAACAAUUCCCCCCGCUUACUGUGAUAAAGAUUUUACAACAACAACAACACCCAGCCAUGGAAUAAAUAACAACAACAUCAGCAACAACGAUAAACUCUUACAUCGAGUUGCCCGCUUGACCAAAGUCGACUAUUCACUGCUCAAAGAUGAAACGAAUCGAACCAACAGCAACAACCCCAUCAUAGCUGGCAGUGGCGGUGCUGCUGCGAUUCCAUAUCCCUACAGUGCUCCGCCGGGCGGCUAUUUAGCCUCCAACGGCCUGCGCACCCUACUCAAACCCCAAAAAUUCUAUACGAAACAACAGCGCUUUUCUUCCGAUAAGAAAAAUCCCAAUCUGGUUAGCCUGAAUCUAGUCACGGAGCCGCGCAAGAAUAUCUGCGAUGGCCAUUGCCAGUGCGAGAAGCAGAACUCCUUUACAACGGUCACAUGUGAUUUUAAGAAAAAUCCAAAGUUAAGCUCCACCUUCGACAAGACAUUUAAAAUGCCCGAAUUGGCCAAGAUAUUGGUGGUCAAACUCGGGCCAAGAACGCAGUUUAAUCUGCGCGAGGGAUUCUUUCACAACGACACCAUUAAUCGUUUCAUUGUUGAGGGCAAUAUGGAGGAACCGGAGAAGGUGGAAAUCGGAACGGAUGCAUUUCGUGGCAACAAUGGACCAUUCCCAGAGAUCGUAUUUAGCAAUGUAUUUACCAUUGUCAUACUGCAGAGGGCAUUUCGACAAAAGGCUUCGGAAAGCUGCAAACUAAAUGUUACAAAUAGCAACAAUGUUUUGUUAUUUGAGAAUGCAUUUGAAAACACUCAAAUCCGUGGCACUUUUGUGGGCAUCAAAGAUUUGCGGAUUGCGGAAAAGGCCUUCAGCUCCGCCCAGGCGAAGCUGCACAUUGAGUCUUCCCACAUCGAUAAUCUGUAUCGCUUUGAUGCUUCAAUACGUGAAAUUAAAUUCGUCAAGUGCAGCAUUGGCACCAUUAAUCCGGGUGCCUUUGAUGUCAAUCAAAUUAAUUCGAUAAUAUUUGAAUCCUGUCGCAUCGAUGCCAUCAAAUCGAGAGCCAUAACCGAGAAGCUCUUAAGCGAACAUGUCUCGAUAACGGGUGCCACCAUUGGCAUUAUCGAAAGAGAUGCAAUUUAUGGCAGUGGCAUAAAGGAAUUGAAAAUUAGCAACAACAAAAUUGAUUACAUUUACGAGAACGCAAUUUACGUGACAUCGAUCUACGUGACCAUCACCGAUAAUCACAUCAAACACCUGGGCAGCAAUUGGCUGCAUGUCAAGGACUGGACACGCAUCAAGGUGGAACGCAAUCAGUUCGGCAUUUUCGGUCACAUACAGUUGGAGAAGAGUCGCAGCAGUGAGAAGUGUACCUUUGGCGAAAACUCACUGACCAGUCCCCAGGAUGGUAGUCUCAACUUCACCAAUCCCCAUUGCAACGUCUACGACAUCUCGCUGAACAAGCCGUGUCGUUGCGACUUCCAUUGGCUGGAACGUUUGUCGGAUCACGAUUUAAAGUCCCAGGUCUUUUGCACCAUUGACGAGAAGCUGGGCAAUUGUUUCAAUGCCACCAUGCUGAACUUCCUGCAGUACUACAGCGAGGUGUGCGACGACAGCAAAACCAUUUUGGAUUGCAAAAACAAAAAGAAUUUAAGGAAAAUCGAAGGACGUUUCUUUACGGCCGAAGAGCUGGCGGCCAAGAAUAAUCGCCUGCCGGAGCUCAUAGCUAUUGUGGUUAGCGCCACAGUCAUUUCAAUUGUCAUAUUCACUGCCAUCAUCAUCAUGAUCUGUCGCUGUCGCCGUCGAUCCUUGAAAAUGUCACGAGGAGGUGGUGGUGCAGGCGGUGAUGCAAAUCAAGGUCGCAGCCAUGUCCAUGAAUUUUCCUCCGAUGAUCGUUUGACUAUCCAACAAAGCCUGCAGCUGAUCCAGAAGAAAUAUCCGGAGAUUUACAAGAAAAUCCAUGAAAAGAUUCAAAUAAUGUUUGUGGCCGAUUUGUCGGAGACGAAAUGUGUCAAGACCACAAGUCAGAUUGUCAAUCUCUUGAAUAAGGUGCAAAAUCCCGGUACUGAUUUUAUGGCACUGAAUCGUGUACUGACGGAACAUCUGCAAUCGCCACUGCCAUCGGCACCACCGGCCGAUCAAACGCCAAUUUAUUCCGAGCCAGGUUUAACCGAGGGCGAUUUCUAUGCGGCCAAUACGUUUGAUAAUUUGCAGGGGAAUCCCAUGAUGGGCAGUGCGGCAGGUGCCACUGGACCGGAACACAUCUACGCUGAGCCUAGUUGUGUCCAACAGCCGCUGCUGCCCAAUGAAUAUGCCUCACCGGCCGAUGGCCAUUUAGAGUCGAUGGACGUCUAUACGGAACCCGUUAACGAGAGAGACUCGAAUCCAACCACCGCCUAUGCAGUAACACAACCCCUUAAUCGGCCUAUGGCUGGUGUGGGCUCAUAUCAGAGUCCCUAUCGGCUAUAUGCCACGCCUAUGCGUUCCACCCAGUACAGCCACCAGCAACGACAACUGCCAGAUGUCUUGUCACAACACAAUACACAACAGAGAACAACAGCCGGACCAAUCUCCUCACCCACCCCCUCAUCCUCAUCUUCCACCGCAAACCUCUCGAAUGUGCAACGCAUAGUCCAGAAUUUACAAGACAAAAAUAACUUCAAUCCCAUUGCCAAGCCCCGUAACAUGCAUUUCGUAGCACCGCCCCAGUACACAGCUCCGUCCACAGGUAUUCCAGUAGCCACAGCAGCGUUGUCACAACGACCCGCCGCCAGUGAAGACAUUGAAUUGGAUUUGCGUGGUGCGACCGCAUUGCCCAAUGAUUCGGGUUCGAAUCAUUCGGGUGGCAGCAAUGAAACGGUUCAGAUCGAUGAUGUUAUACUCUAUGCAGAUUCCUAAGAAGUGCAGUCGAUGGCCAGUUGGUUUUCUAUUUCCAGAUUUGUAAAUGUUCUUGUCGACUGUUAAACUGUGUGUGUGAGCGCGCUGUCCGGAAAUUGCAAACGAAAAAUCUUCUCUCCACACAAAAAGCAUGUGGCCAGUCAAAGGUUGAAGAGAUUUUUUUUUUUUUGCAAUUUUGCUGGGUCAAUAUUUAUUUGCAAUAAAAAGGAACAGUUUGAGAAAUGAGGUACAUUUUUCAGGGACCAAAUCACAAAUUCUCGAUCAACUUGGUCGAAAAGAAAUAUUUAAGAUUUUGGUCAAAAUUGAAAUAUUGGUCACCAUUUGUGGUUCGAUUAGAAACAUUUUCGAAAAAAAAAAUUAAUUAAUCUCAUUUAAAAUUUUUGUCGAAUUUAAACACGACCUGUUCCAUGUUAGAAUUUUGGAAAAAAUAAUAAGAAGUAAUAAAUUUUUGGUGGAAUUUAAAAUAUUGGCCAAACUUUGUAUUUAGAAUUAGAAACAUUUUCCACGAUAUAUUGUAUUUAUAAGCAUUUAAGAAUUUGGUGGAAAUUAAAAUUUUGGUCCAAAUUAAUUUUUUUGGUUGUAUUAGAAUCAAUUUCGUUGCAAAAUGUUGUAAAACAAGGUUACCUUUGCAAUAGCUGAAAUUCCUGUCAAAUUAAAAUUUUUGGUCGAAAUUGUAAAUUUAGAUCAAAAUUAAAAUUUAUGGUCGGAAUCAAAUUUUGGAUUAACUUGAUUGAUUUCCAUUAAAUUUUGGUAGCAUUUAAAAAAUUGAUCGCGAUUCAAAUUUUGGUCGGAAUUGAAAUGUUGCCGGCACUUUGAAUGUUGUAUUAGAAUCAAUUUCGUUGCAACAUGUUGUAAAACAAGGUGAUCUUUGCAAUAGUUGAAAAUACAAACAAAUUAAAAUUUUUUUGUCGAAAUGAAAAAUUGUUGGUCGGAAUCAAAUUUUGGAUUAAUUCGAUUGAUUUUCCAUAAAAUUUUGUAAAACGUAAUUUUGAUAGCAUUUUAAAUAUUGAUCGCGAUUCGAAAUUUGGUCGGAAUUGUACUAGAAUCAAAAUUCAAUUUUUGGUCGGAAUUGAUUUUUUGGUCGACAUUUAAAAUUUUGGUCGACAUUUAAAAUUUUGGUCGGAAUUACAACGUUGCCCACACAAAUUGCAUCGUUGUAAUCAAUUUCGUUGUAAAUUGUCUUUUUUUAAAACAAGGUCACCUCUGCAAUGGUUGGAAUUUCAAUCAAAUUAAAAAUUUUGGUCGAAAUUUAAAUUAUUGGUCGGAAUAAAAUUUUUGAUUAAUAUUUCCAUACGAAAUUUUAAAAUUAAAAUUUGGUUCGGAAUUGGUUUUUUUGGUCGGAAUUAAAACGUUGCCGACACAAGUUACAUCAUUGUAAUAAAUUGAAAAUGUUAUUUAAACAACGUCACCGUUGCAAUGGUUGAAAUUACAGUCAAAUUUAAAAUUUUGGUCGAAAUUAAAAAUUUUGGUCGGGAUAAAGCUUUUUGGUCGGAAUUAAAUUUUUUGGUCGGAAUCUAAUUUUUUCUUGAGAAUUGUAAAUAGAUAAAAAUUCCAAAAUUGUAAUUCAUAUUUAUAAAGCCAAAAAAAUUGAAAAAUAGCAAAACUAGUAGCUUUUGCUGGUUCUGAUCUAAUAUCAAGCAUAGAUUAUUGCAAUAUUUUUAUAAAAAAAUUAUUAUUUAAUUUUUCUUUUUAAUAAAAAUAAAUGUUAUUUUUUCAAUAAUCGAACUUUUGAUAGACAUUAAUUCUUUAUCCAAGAAAAUCAAAUUUUGACCAAAAUUAAUUUGUUUUGGCUUGGAAUGGUCUUACGAAACUUGCAAAUAAAUAAUUAUCCCAUCGAAAUAACGAGCAGGAAGCACACACUACAAUUUAGUUUAAAACGCAAUUAUUAUAAAAUAUAUAUUUUUAUUUUCUGAAAUUAAAAACAUAAAAACAGGCUUGUGAUUUUAACCAAUUUUCUAAUUUGUAAGUCUUAUUUAAAACCUAAAUGUAAAACGAAAAAAUUUAGUUUGUAGUGGAAAAAAAACAUUGCUAUUAUUUUUAUUAUUUUUUUUUUUUUUUUCAAAACCCAUCCCACCCCCAAACACCACCCCAUAAUUUAAAUAAGUUAUAAUUAUUUUGUUUUUGGUAUUAUUAUUUUUUUGCAUAAAAUGUCAAACGAUUUUGUUUUUAUUUUUCUCCUCUCAUUUCAUUUGCCUCUUUUGUUAAUAACAAAGAAAAAAAGAAAGAAAAGCAUUUGUAAAACCUAGUUUUUUAACUAUUUCUAUUUGUAAAUAUAAUAUUACUAGCUAUGCGCAAAUUCGCUAAAGCAUUUUAUAAGUCAUUCUCUUCAUUGUUUUAGAAAUAAGAUAUGUAUUGUAAUUUAAUCCCCUAAGGUAUGCAAUAAAAAAGUAAACAAAUAUCAUUUCACAAAACUCAUGACACAGAAAGCACUGAUAACGGUAAAAUACUCUUUAAUUUCUUUUCUUCUAUGGGUCUCUUUGCAUUCUCUUUGAUAUUGCCAUAAUCAACAAAACACACAUCACACACAUACCUACACACCCAUACAUUUUUAUAAAUAUAUUUUUUUAUUCUAUUUUUUUGUUUGUUUUUCUUUUUCCUGUUAUAAUUUGUAAUCUGAGAUUUGUAAUUGUGGUUCGUUGAAUUUCUCUGACCACAAACAAAACGUAGUCAGUCGUAGACAUAGAAAUGAACGAAAGAAUGAAAUAAAUGAAUAGUAAACUAUUAUACAUAGAGCGUCGAAAGUAGGUAUAUAAGUUGUACAGUAUUUUGUAAUGAAAGAAAAUAAAAUAUUUUUUAAGAGAAAUUAAAAAAGUAUAAGAAACAA